AUGGAGUUGCGGCAAGCCCAGAGUAGUAAAUUUGCAAAGAGUGACUACGAUGGUGCGCGAAAUUGGCGAGCCUUGUCUUUCUCAAUCACCCGUAAAGUCUAUCUCAGAUUUCAGUCCUGCUUGGCCAGCCAAAAAGUAAGCAGAAUGCUGAAGCGAGAGAAGUGGCAAGCAACUUUUGACAGUGAUGGAAAGGUAUCUGGCUUUCGUAAGGUGUUGAAGUCAAUUGUUCUGGGGGGUGUUGAUCCAUCCAUAAGGGCUGAAGUAUGGGAAUUUCUACUUGGCUGUUACGCGUUGGGAAGCACGGCUGAAUACCGAAAGCAGCUGAGGAUUGCUCGGAGGGAGCGAUAUGAAGAUUUGGUCAAAAAGUGUCAGGCAAUGCAUGCAAGCAUUGGAACUGGUGCACUUGCAUAUGUUGUGGGGUCGAAAGUUAUGGAUAUGAGAACUUCGUCAAAGGUUGAUGUGGGAGUGGAAGCUAGAGAUGAAAAUAGAGACAGCACUGACAACUUGAAGUGUGCUAGUAAUUCUAGCAAUUGGAACGGUAAUGGCUUUGAUGCAUCACAUGCAUGUGAAAGAGAAAGCUCUAGUGAUUCUGCCGAGCUUGUUAGUGUGAGGGGAAGCAGCGAUAGUGCAGCAUAUGACUCUAGUUAUUUAAUAGCCGAUUCGGGUACAUUUGAAAGCAGUUUAAUGGAGAGAGGCGAAGAAGAAAACGGAUCACACUAUGUAUCAGGGGGUUUCUUUGAUUUUCCUCCUUUACCCGUGACAAAUUUGUUUGACAAAAGAGACGAUGAUGUGAAGGAUAGUGCUAUGGCCAGUAACACGCCUUCUACAAGACGGGAACUGACAUUCGAGGAAGUGAAUAUGCAUAGUUUUCAAAUCAACAACAACGAUGAUUUGAUUGUAGAAUCCAAUGGCUCACCAUCUAGCAAUGGCGCUCGUAACAAAAACUCCGAAAUUGAAUUAGUUACGCAUGAUGACCAUAAGACAGCAGUAUGGUCCACUAAUGAGGGUUGUCAAGAGCUGGGAAUGAAUGGUUUGACAAUAUCAGGUAUUCCACCACUUGUAAAUUCUUCCAACCGAGGGCCCACUGGUGAAGAUAGAGUAUCCGAAUGGCUUUGGACUCUGCAUAGAAUUGUUGUUGACGUGGUAAGAACAGACAUUCAUCUCGAGUUUUAUGAGGACAAGAGGAAUUUGGCUAGAAUGUCUGAUAUACUUGCAGUUUAUGCAUGGAUUGAUCCUGCUACUGGUUAUUGUCAAGGUAUGAGUGAUUUGCUUUCUCCAUUUGUGGUACUAUUCGAGGAUGAUGCUGAUGCUUUUUGGUGCUUCGAGAUGCUUCUAAGAAGAAUGCGUGAGAACUUUCAGAUGGAUGGACCAACUGGAGUGAUGAAGCAGUUGCAGGCGUUGUGGCACAUAUUAGAGGUCUCAGACAGGGAAAUCUAUGGACACCUGUCACACAUAGGCGCUGAAAGCUUGCACUUUGCCUUCCGCAUGUUGAUGGUUCUUUUUCGGCGGGAGCUUUCCUUUAGUGAAACUCUUCGGAUGUGGGAGAUGAUGUGGGCUGCUGAUUUUGAUGAAUCCUUGGCCUGUAAUUUAGAGAAAAGCUGUCUGGAGGCGUUGGUGCUACAUCUACCUUGCAAAGCUGAAAAAGAAACAGGAGUGGAAAGCACAGCAAGUGGGAAUAACUGCCCAAAGGACAAAGCAGAAACAAAAGUUGGAUAUACAGAUCAGUCGCCAACUGUGAACAAUGGAACAAAGUCUACAUUGACACAUCCGCUCUGCGGUUUGACAAUGAAUUUUUGGUCUAAAGGUGAACAUCCCAUGGAGAUUAGCGCACUUGUGUCAUCAACUAAAAAUGGAGAUGAUGAAUUACCCGUUUUCUGUGUUGCGGCAAUUCUUAUAAUGAACCGUCAGAAAAUCAUCAAAGAAACACGCUCGAUCGAGGAUAUGAUAAAGCUUUUCAAUGAUAAUAUGCUAAAGAUCCGUGUCAAACGUUGCAUACGAACAGCUAUCAAGCUUCGAAAGAAAUAUUUCUUCAAGCUAAUCAAGAAAGCAGGUCCUACGGCUCAGAAUGGUGAGUAG